AUGUCAUACUUUUGGGCACCUCUCUCUCUCUCUCUUCAUUUUUCUUCUUUCCUUCUUUUAUCUUCCUCUUUUAAUUAUUCCUUUGCUUAUUUCUUUCCUUCCUUUUCUCUCAGGCUCCUUCCCUACAUACUCUUUCUUCCUUCCUCUACAUUUUCUUCUCAUCCUUUGUCUCUUCCUUCCUCCUCGCUAACAUCCUUCCUUCCUUCCUUCCUUCCUUCCUUCCUUCCUUUUUCUUCUUUCUUUCCUUUCUUUCUUCCUUCCUCUCUCUCUCACCUUUCUCCCUUCCUUUCCCUUUCUUUCCCCUUUUUUCUUCUCUCCCAACUUUCCUUCCUUCUUUCAACUAUCCCUCUUUCCUUUCCUUCCUUCUCUCCCCCAACCUUCCUCUCUUUCUUUUCUUUCUUGUCUGAACCCUCCUCCCUUCCGUUCCUUCUUCCCUUUCUUCAUUUUCUCUCCAAAGUUUCCGCCCUUUCUUCUUUCUUUCCUGGCUUCCUUCCUGCCUUCCUUCUUUCUCCCAAUUAUUCUUCCUUCUUUCCUUUUCUAUAUUCCCUUUGUUCCUUGUCUCUUAAAACCUUCCUUCGUUCCUUCCUCCAUUCUCCCAACCUUCCUUCCUUCCUUCCUGCCUUCCUUCUUUCCUUCCUUCCUUCCUCCCUCUCACCUUUUUCCCUUCCUUUCCCUUUCUUUCCCUUUUUUCUUUUCUUCCUUCCUUCCUUCCUUCCUUCCUUCCUUCCUUCCUUCCUUCCUUCCUUCCUCUCACCUUUCCCCUUCUUUCUCUCCCAAUCUUCCUUCUUUCUUUCAGCUUUCCUCCUUUCCUUUCCUUCCUUCUCUCCCCCAAACUUCCUCUCUUUCUUUUCUUUCUUGUCUGAACUCUCCUCCCUUCCGUUCCUUCUUCCCUUUCUUCAUUUUCUCUCCAAAGUUUCCGCCCUUUCUUCUUUCUUUCUUUCCUGCCUUCCUUCCUUCUCACAAUUUUUCUUCCUUCUUUCUUUUUCUUCCUUCACUUUCUUCCUUGUCUCUCCCAACUUUCCUUCCUUCCUUCCUUCCUUCCUUCCUUCCUUCCUUCCUUCCUUCCUUCCUUUUUUAUUCUUUCCCCUUCUUUUUUUCCCCAUCUUCAUAUCUUCUUUCUUUCAGGCUUUCCUCCUUUCAUGCAACCGUUUUUCUUUUCUCCCCAAACUUCCUCUCUUUCUUUUCUUUCAAAUCAAUACAACUCUCCUACCAAAUUGGUUCCAUUUUUUCCUUCUUGGAAAAGUGUAUUUCUUUGUUUCAUCUCCAAGGUUUAGUCCCUUUAAAUUCAUUUCUUUCUUUCCACGUCAUUCCUUCCUUCUCUCAAUUUUUUCUUCCUUCUUUCUUUUUUUUCCUUCUACUUUUCUUCCUUUUCUCUCCCAACUUUCUUUCCUUCCUUCCUUUUUCCUUCAUUCCUUUCUUUCUUCCUUCCUUUCUUCCUUCCUUCGAUUUGUUUUUUUAUUCUUUGACCCUAUUCAUGGCCUCUGUUUUUUUCCCAUCUUCAUAUCCUCUUUUUGCUCUUCAGGGACGGCAAAUAACAUGCAACCGUUUUUCUUUUCUCAGGCCCAAAUCAGGUCAACGUUUGAUGGAAAGACAAACAUUCAUUAG